AUGUCGUCCAUUGAGAAAUUAAGUAUUAUGGGAAUACGGUCUUUUGAUAUUAAUGUCAGAGAAACUAUUCAAUUCUACAGUCCCUUAACACUAAUUGUCGGCCAUAACGGUUCUGGAAAAACAACUAUUAUAGAAUGUUUAAGAUAUUCAACUACAGGAGAUUUACCACCUAAUUCCAAAGGAGGUGCAUUUAUUCAUGAUCCAAAUAUAUGUGGUGAAAAGGAAGUUUUGGCACAAGUGAAGCUUUCUUUCAAAAAUACAAACGGUGCAAAAAUGAUAUGUACUAGAUCUUUACAACUUUUAGUCAAAAAAACAACACGUUCACAAAAAACCCUUGAUGGGCAAUUGGCAAUCUUCAAAAACGGAGAGAGAUUGGCAAUUAGCAAUAAAUGUGCAGAACUUGAUGCGCAAAUACCUAUAUCUUUGGGAGUUAGCAAAGCUGUACUCGAUUAUGUAAUAUUUUGUCACCAAGAAGAUAGCAAUUGGCCCCUUAGUGAACCAGCCGUUUUAAAGAAAAGAUUUGAUGAAAUUUUUGAAGCUCUUCGUUAUACUAAAGCUUUAGAUCAAAUAAAAAAUCUUAGGAAAGAACAAACAACAACAAUUAAAAUUGAUGAAAUAACAUUAGAACACUAUAGGUCUAACAAGGAAAAAGCAGAUAAAAUAAAAAAAUUAUCAGAUGAAAUUAUAGAAAAAAUCACAAAAAAUCAAACUAAAAUAAACACACUUGAUAUACAAAUACAAUUAAACCUUUCAGAACAAGACGAACUCCUUCGUUCAGGAAAAGAAAUUGAACAUGUAAUUUCUGAAAUAGAAAGAUUAAAACAUGAAAAAGUUCUGUUAUUAAAUACAUUAAAUGAUUUAGGUAAUAAUAUUACCCAUUACGAAGAAAGCAACCAAGAAUUGGAAAAUAUGCUUGAAAAUUUUAAAAAAAAAAAAGAAGAUACAUUAACAUUAAUAAACUUAAAAAAAAAAGAAUAUGAAAAUUUAAAAAAACAAAUAACAUUUUCUAGAAAUGACUUAGGAACUACUAUGUCAGAAGAAGGAAAAUUAUUAGCAGAACUAGAAAUAUUUCAAAAAUUAGUUUUAAAACAACAAAGUUUAAUUAAAGAAGUUAUUACAAAUCAUAAAUUUAUAAAUUAUGACGUAAAUUCAAGUGAAAAAGAAAUAGAAGCACUUUUGAAAGACAUGUUUUCAAAAAACAAUGAACAAAAGUAUUUGUUAGAUAAUUUAAAGAAAGAAAAUAGAAAAAAAGAAGGGAAGCUAAAUGAAAAACUUCAAGAACUUCUUUUUAAAGAAAAUAUGCUUGAACAAAAAAAAACGACAGUGAGACAAAAUAUAAGACUUUCAGAAAAAAAAAUUGAAACUCUUCAAAACAAUUUAGACGAGCUAUCAAUAGAUGAAUCAAGUAUAAAUAUACUAAGGACUAAGAUAACAAAUAUAGAUAAAAAAAUAAAAGAGUAUAAUAUAGAAUUUCAGAAGAAUGAAUGGGACGAAAAAAUAAGGCAAAAACAAAAUGACCUAAGAUCUCAUGAAGAAGUUAUUACUAUAUUAAAUGAAGAGCUAGCCAAAGGAACCAAUAAAAUAGAAAUUCAGGCAAAAUAUGAAAUUAUAAAAGAAGAAUUAAAUAAUAAAAAAAAAAUGCUUUAUAUAUUGAUUGAAACAAAUAGGAAAAAAAUUGAAAAUUUAACUGAAAAUAUUAUAAAUUUCAACGCUGAAGAACAGUUCAUAAAAAACGAAUACAACAAAAAAAAAAACGAAUUUAAAGAGCUAGAAAAAAAAUAUGAAAUCGCUAAACAAAAACUUUCAGAAACAGAAAAUAUAAUAAAUAUAGCUAAAGAAAAUCUCAACAAUAAAAUAAACCAAAAAAAUUUCUAUGAAAUGCAAAUUUUAGAAGUAUGUGAUUCAAUUGAUUAUUUUUUACAAACAUAUGAAUCUAAAAAAAAAGAAUUAGAGGAAAUUACAAAAUACAUACUAAAUUUAAAACAUAUAAAUGAUUAUUUUCUAGAAUCAAAAAUGAAAAUGCAUGAACAAAAAUUUUGUAUAUUAUGUAUGAGAUCUUUUAAUAAUCAGGAAAUUUUAGAAUUUGAAAAAACUAUAGAAAAACAUAUAGAAAAUAUACAGAAUAAAAAAAAACAAUUUUUAGAAUCAUUAAAAAAACUAGAAGAAGAUAUGGAAAAAUUAAAAAAUAUAAAAACUAUAUUUGAUACUUUUCAAAAAUUAAAAAAUUCAGAAAUUCCUAAUGAAAAAAUUAAAAUAAAUAAUUUUGAGAAUGACAUUAAAGAAUUACUAAGUUAUCUGGAAAAGAAUUCUCAAAUACUCGAAACAACAAAGAAAUCACUUGAAGAACUUCAGUCCUUAGAAAAAGUAAAUAUAGAAAUAAUUCACUGUCAAAAAGAAAUAGAUAAUUUGACAUUAUCUUUUAAAAAUUUUGAAAAAAAUUUACAAGAAUUAGGAUGUUCUAGAACAUUUCAAGAACUACAAUCUGAACUUGAAAGCUUUAAAUAUAAAAAAGAAAAAAUAAACGACGAACUAUCUCUUUUGUGUUCUGAAAAAGAAAUAUGUAAACUCCAAAUAUCAGAGAACAACGUUCUAUAUAAAGAUAUACAAAUAGAAUUAAACGAAGCUGAAUAUAAAUUAAAAGAAAAAAACAAUCUCGUUAAUAAAAAAAAUAAAAUAAUAGAUGAUAUUUCUAAAUUUAACAAAGAAAUUGAUGAAAUAGAUAUAGAUUUAAAAACACUCUCUCCUCAAAUAUCUCAGCUUCAUAAAUCUUUAAAAGAGGUUAGAGAAGAAGCAAUAAAAGAAGAAGAACAAGCUCAAGAAUAUUCUAAUGAAUUACAGCAAAAAUAUAACCAACUUAUUGAUAUUAAUUCAGAACUUAAAAUACGCAAAAAUAGUCAAGAAGACCUAAAUUUAUGCAAAGAAAAAAUAUCCAAUAUACAAAAAUUAAUUACAGACUUAGAUAAAAAAAUCACUAAUAUUACACAAGAGAUUAACGACCUUGAAAAAGCAAUUUCAGAUAUAAAAACCAUGGAAAGAAAUAUUACUGAUAACUUAAGAUGUAGGAAAAUAGAAAACGAAAUUACAAAAAUUAUAGAAAAUAUUUCGGAUUUAGAGAAAAAAAAUGCGGAAAUAGAUAGAGAACAAUAUUUGUUAAAUUGUACUAAACUAAAGGAUAUACAUGAGCAAUUAGUAGCAAAACGAGCGAGUUUAUUAGGUGAAAUUAAAGAGUUAAGCAAUCAGCUUCAGAUCUAUGAAAAUGAAUUAGAAGAAUAUAAAGAUAUACAUGAACAAUAUAGAAAACAGUUAAUAAGAACACGCACAAUGGCUAAAGUAAAUGACGAUCUACAAAAAUACGGGAAAGCAUUGGAUAAGUGUGUAAAUGCACAAAUGCUAUAA